UACUGCAUCUGAGCCUACUCUGCCGGAAUGAUGAAGAAGAAGCCAUCUGCGACUUCCGCUGUAAGAGCCCACAGUCCAGUCCUCAUAACAGUCCAUAUCACCAAUACAAAAAACUGCUGAUUUACAACUUAAUACAAGACAACUUGAACCAGAAAAGGGUUGUUUGUAUUUCGGCUUGUCACCUGUGUAGUUUACCACAAAGCGAAGUACUGAUUUGAGGGCUCUUGGGUUAGCUAACCUCUUGUUAGCUAGCAUGCUGGUGUCUCAACACACCAGACAACUCCUCGGAUUAAUUGUAUCUCGUCAUGACUGAGUUAAAAUGUCGGAAAAAAUACACUUUGGAUGGAGAUAAAGAAGAGGGGGAGAGCCAACAUGAACCUGAGGUGCAGACGGCAAAGCCGGUGAAAACAGAGGAGGAUGAGGUGUCCAUUGGCAGAAAUGGAGCCGGAAAGCAGCAGAAAGAUGAGGGUGAGGUUAAAGAAGAGGACGCUCAACAUAAAGAAGAAGAAUCAAAAACACCCGAGUCACCUGUUAAAAGACCCACGAGAUCUUCUGCAGGUGUUUUGCAGCGCCUGGUGAGGGUGUUCUUCGGAUGUCUGGCGGCAGUUGCCUGUGGCAUGCUCUAUGCAGCGUAUCUGUCUGCUUAUCAUGACAGGAAGUUCUGGUUUUCCACUAGACAGGAGCUAGAGCGGGAAAUCACCUUCCAGGGAGGCAGCGGGCUCUACUAUUACUACUACAAGCAGAUGCUGACUGCAACACCUUUCGAUAGAGGGUUUUAUGAGCUGAUGAUGGAUAACAGGACAGUUGCAGGGCAGACCAUCAACGCAGUGGUGCGCUUGUCUCUGUACCCAGAGCUCAUCACCAGCUUUAUAUACAGAUUCACAGGCAGCGAGGAGUUUGUGGAGCCAAUUUACUUCUACAUCGGAGCCGUGUUUGGGCUGCAGGCGAUCUAUGUGUCUGCCCUGUUUGUGUGUAGCUGGGUGAUGAGCGGCACCUGGGUGGCCGGCAUGUUGGCCGUGGCCUGGUAUGUGAUCAAUAGACCUGACACAACCAAAGUGGACUAUGCAAUUCCUCUGCGGGACAACUGGGCUCUGCCUUACUUCUCUUGCCAGGUUGCAGCUUUGACUGGAUUCCUGACUAAUAACAUCAGCUCUGCCACCGAGCUGUUUUGCUAUCUUACCAUGAGUGCCACCACCUUCACUUUCCUGCUGGUGUGGGAACAUAGCCACUACGUGCUCUUCCUCCAAGGCCUCUGUCUUUUCUUCCUCGACGCUUUUGACCUUUUGCCAUCACGUAAGGUAAGGGAAGUCAAGAUCAAGAAAUCCAGAAAAAGUCCAGCACCUAAAAAAACACAAUUUAUCUGUUUUCAGAAUGAACAAAAUACAUUAUUACAUAUUUAUAACUGACCUGUAGAGGUGCUAGUAUGCUGAUUGUGUUACUUUCAAUCACCCAGGCAAUGUAUCCUACUGUUGUCAUGCUAAGCUAACCCCCUUUGCCUGAAAUGCCUCCAUUGGACUCUUUUGUUUACUUCCUGAACAUAAU